AUGGAAAGAGAUGAUCAGGUAUCAAAGAAAAGAUGGGGUUCAGCUUACUGCUAUGUAGGGCAAUUAGUUGCAAGUGCAGAGGCUGCUGUGGAAGAAGUUAUCCGGCGUGGGGUAGCUCAUCCAAAGAAAAUAGUUGUUGGUGGACAUUCCUAUGGUGCAUUCAUGACUGCCAACCUCCUAGCACACGCCCCUCAUCUCUUUUGUUGUGGAAUUGCUCGUUCUGGUGCUUACAAUAGAACGCUUACACCUUUUGGUUUUCAGAAUGAAGAUAGAACUCUUUGGGAGGCCACUAAUACCUAUGUCGAGAUGAGUCCCUUCAUGUCCGCUAAUAAAAUUAAGAAUCCUAUCUUGCUUAUCCAUGGGGAAGAGGAUAAUAAUCCAGGAACAUUAACCAUGCAGGUAAGAUAG